CAGGGCCUGCCCUCUCCCUGCUCAGUCUCCCAUUCUUCUGCAGAGGGAUGUUGGCAGAACCAGCGCUGGGCUGUGUGCCUGUACAGCAGCUCCUUCCUCAUCCCUCUUCGUCUCCCCUAACCAUUCCUCUGUCCCUGUCCUUCCUCAGUCCCUGAGCACCGUGGAAGGGAUCAGGUUAACUCAGCAGCAGUGCUGUCCCUCGGCUUUGGGUCUCCCUUCUGCCACCCACGUGUGGCUUUGGUGAGUCACUCAGUGCUGCUGUUUCUCAGUCCGACUGCAUCGGGGUGCAGCAGGCAAGCGAGGAGGGAAGGAAGGAAAACUUUGACACCCUUUGACAGAACGAUCGUGGGCUGUCAUUGCUCUGGGCGGCGAGAUGCUGAGGUGUACAUCACACGUGGUCCUUCUGCUGUGCCACCCUCCCUCGCAGAGAUGCGCCCUGCAGCACACCAGCAGCCCCCAGGCUUUGUGCUGCUGGGAUCGUGCCUCUCUGACACAUUUCCUCCCCUCACAGGGAUCUACACCAGUAACAAGGACCCUAUUUCCCACGGGGGUGGAGUGCUCCGGGCUGUUUGCAGCACACCCCUCUCCUCCAGCCUUCUGGCACACCAGGGCACCGCCUCCAUCCCGCCGCUCAACCGCUCUCCUUUUGCAAGCACCAUCCCCACCUCCUCCUCCUCCUCCGUCUCCACCACGCAGGUGUUCUCUCUGGCAGGUUCCACGUUCAGCCUCCCCUCCUCACAUAUUUUUGGAAGCCCCCUCACAUCUGGGCUGUCCAUCAACCCGCUCUUAAAUCAGUCGGAAAGCAGCCGGGCAGAGCCCGACCUGGAGGACUGCAGUUUCGGCUGCCGAGGGACUUCGCCCCAGGAGAGUCUCUCUUCCAUGUCCCCCAUCAGCAGCCUGCCGACCCUCUUUGACCAGACGGUGUCCUGCAGCAGCAGCGGGCAGCUGGAAAAUGUCCCCCAGGCCACCCCCAACAUCGAGCAGCUGCUGGAGAAGCAGGGCAAUGGGGAAGCUGGCGUUAACAUUGUAGAGAUGCUCAAAGCUCUGCACUCGCUGCAGAAGGAGAACCAGCGGCUCCAGGAGCAGAUCAUGACGCUGACAGCCAAGAAGGAACGUUUGCAGCUCCUCAACGUCCAGCUCUCUGUCCCUUUCCCAGUGGUGACCAGCAGCAACGGGCCUGGCAGCCAAACCCACUACAUCCUGCCCAGCAACGUGUGCAACAACGAUUCCCUGAGCAUCAGCAAGAGCCCCCCGUGCAAGAACAGCUUUGGGAUCGAGAACUCGCUCUCCACUUCCUCUGAGGACCCUCAUUCAGGUUGCCCCAGCAGGAGCAGCUCUUCCCUGUCCUUCCACAGCACUCCUCCACCCCUGCCCAUGCUGCAGCAGAGUCCUGCCUCGCUACCCCUUCCCGGGGUGCAGCAGGUGAAUGGCCUGGCCAGGGUGGCAGGCAGCGGGCUGGGGGGUGGCACCACUGCCAGCCACAGCCUCUCCACGGUGCCCAUGGUGGACGGCCUGAUGGGGACCGUGGCAGGAGGUCAGCAGAUGCCCAUCAACGGGAUCCUGGGGAAUCUGAACGGAGCUCAGGCCGCCCAGCCUCCAAGCGCGCUGACGCAGGCGAGCGGCCCUCCGACCUUGCAGCUCUCCACCAGCCUGAGCAGCAUGCCGAGCCUGAGUCCCCUGACAGAGCAGCAGCGGCACGUCUUGCACCAACACGAGCAGCAGCUCCAGCAGCUCCAGCAGCUCCUGACUUCUCAACCGCUUAAUCCGGAGCAGCAGGCCCUGGUGUUCCAGAUGAUGCAGCAAAUCCAGCAGAAGAGGGAGCUGCAGCGGCUGCAGAUGACGAGCUCAUCCCAGCUAUCCAUGAGCAGCCUCCUGGCAGCCACCUCCACCCCCCUCCUGCACUCCAGCACCAGCGCCCCGAUGACCUCGGCCCCCCAGCAGCCCCCCAACAGCAGCUCCCUCAUGGCCUCCCUCUCCCCCCAGCAGCUCAACCCUAGCAAUGCCCUCCUGGCUCCACCACAGGCCACCCCACCGCUCAGCGCUCCUGGGAGCAGCCUCAUGGCUUCGGGGACAGGCAUCCCUCCCGUCCUCACAGCACAGACUAACCCGUUUCUCAACCUGCAGGCUGAUGGCAACACCCCAAAAGGAACGAACAUGAAUGAAAAGGGAGCUCCUCUUACCCAAGACAAGGGCUAAGCUCCCUCUCACCCUGAACAAACCAGCAGCCAACUCCUCUCAACCAGGGGGAAUGUGGCUUUCCACAGUCAGCAGCUUUGGUACUGUUAGAGCAAUGAGCACAAGGCUUCCGAGAAGCAUUUCCUGCUGCUGGGCAAUGCCAAGAGGUGCUUUGGAAGACAGUCCGUCUCCGACCAAGCCCUGCUAUCGGGAGGAGCAAAGGUGGGGGGCAGCUUGCCACGCUGCUCCGUGCCCCACGUGCUCAGAGUGAAGCCGUGUUUCCAGACAGAGUAGAGGAGAGUUAACACCGCGUGCCACCAACUGCUGUGAGCACAAGAGUGUGUUCUGUGUGUGCACUGAGAGCACGGAGCAUCCUCAGCCAAGAGCUUGGUGGAGGGGGGAGGGGGGGGGACACCCCCUGCUGAGGACACUGGUGUGCAGUGCAGAGGGACGCGGAGGUGCCCUCGGAGGCGGCGCUGGAUGUGACCCACCUGGGGAUGCUGUGGUGGUACCUACGCGGUCUGCUCCUCCUCGCUGGGGAGGUGAAGAUGUUCCGUAGCUGUGAUUUCUCACCUGCUGGGCUCUUGGGAUGCUCUUUGGAGCCGUCGUACGACGCCCUUUACACCUCAGCUGGACGCAGCCCCAGCCUGAAGGACGCGGGUGGUGGAGCGAUGGGUGAGGAGUGGUGUUUGGAGAGCUGCAAGCUGCUGCUGCUGUAAAGGACACGGCCACGUCUGCUCUGCUCUGCCAGCUGCUGGUGGGUCAGUGCUGUGCUUGGGGCGUGAAAAGCACAUUCCUGCUCCUCGUGCUGCCUCUCUUUCCUUCUAAGAUGUCCAAAGCCUGACGUUCAGCUUGCAGAAAGGGGCUGUGGUCGGUGUUACCCCAUCCCAGCCGUCUCCUGAAAGUGCAUCAAACCCGGCUCUUACAUCCCAAGCCUCAGCUGGGCAGCAGAAACGUGCGUGCGUGGAAAAGACAGCCCCAGUCGUGGUGCAUCCUUUCCCCACCACAAAUCCAUUCUGGCAAAAACAACAACAACGAAACCAACCCCAAGGAACAGCGCUCUUCCAUUGGUCUUAGGCACUGAGAGAGGGGAUCUCCAAGCAGCAGGGCGUCGCUGAGCUCCACGUUGAGGCAUUGGACCCUUUGUUCUCUUCCACCUUUUGACCUUAACUCCGUCUCACAGCCCGGAACCUCAGCGAGGAGCUUCUGCUUCUGAGCCCAGAUGUCACAGAUGGAUGGCAGGGCAGGUGGGGCUGCUCUGAAGGUGGGGAGCAUUACGUCAAACGGAGACGUGCUCCUCCUUCUCCUCUUCCCAGCUCUCCUGGGGGGUGGGGGUGAGGGGCAGGUGUAAAAACUCCAGCAAACAGAAGCUCCGAGGGUCUUAAAACGUAACACAUGGGCAGACCUGAAUCUUCUUCAGCACAUUCCCACUGCCCCUAACUGGUUUGCACUAUUCGAAUUUGUCAGCAGUGGGUCUGUGCUGAUGGGAAUAGAAGGCUGGUGGUGGGCAGAUCUCAUCUGUGAUGUCUUUCUUCCUUUUUUUUUGGUUUUGUUUGGUUGGUUGUUUUCUGUUUGGGAAAUGAUCGCCCAGAGGGUUGGAUAAAGCUAAAGACCAGAGGGAAAAGCUCCAUUCUGAUCUCCCGUUCUGUGAAAACUGGGCAGCACGCAGCUGUCUGCUCAGAAAUACGUUGUAUAUCCUUUUGAUUUUAAUUUUUUAAAUGCAGAAAAGCUAAUGUUUUAACAAGG